GUGGCACUAGAUCAAACGGCCAGCGACCGUCACCAAUGAGGGUGUUCCUGGGAUCGGAUGCUAUUGACAUGGAUGUUUCCACCCUGAUAGGCAGGGUGCUGUCCUGUGGGAUGGAUGACAGCCAGCAGGACCAGUAUGAGGAGCGUCUGAAGGAAGUGUUUGAAAGUUUCGAUGCCAGCGGAGCGGGCUCCCUGUGCCCGGAGGAGCUGUCCGACCUGUGCCAAGCGCUCCACCUGGAGGAGGCCACCCCCGCGCUGCUACACGUACUGCUGCAAGGCCAGAAUGACCUCACAGGAAGGAUUGUUUUUAACCAGUUCAAGGAUGCACUGAUCCAGGUUCUGUCGUCCACUAUCACAGCCCCUCCACCCAGUCAGGAACCCGCCACAACUCCUGAUUCCCCCGAGGUCCAUCCUAAGUUUGUGAGAGGCAGCAAACGCUAUGGCCGCCGCUCCACCCCGGAGUUCAUUGAGGCCGCGACCGAAUUCUCAGAGGUCGUCAGCGCCGAUGCCACAGAGGAGCAGGGAGCGGAGGAGAACGACGACACCGUCCCCAGGAAACGAGAGCGCUGGAACGCCGAUGAGUCGAAUGCAGAGGAAUAUGAAGCAGAAGGUCAGCUGCAGCUGUGGAACCCUGAUGAGCCAGGCACCCCCCGGGGCUCUGCAGCACCCCUGUCCCAGCGCCUGGAGGACAGGCUGAGGGAGGCCUGCCAGGGCCUGGCCCUACCCUGGGAUGCAGCCGCCAGCCUGCCUGAGCUGCUGGCGCUCUGCGAGCACCUGGGCCUGGAGGUGACUGAGGAUGUGGUCCAGAGUCUGACAGGAGAUGGAGUGAUGAGUGUCCAGGAGUUUGUGUCCAGGGUUGUGAAUUCCAGCAAGCCCCCCACGCCGUCUGCCUCCACGCCUUACAGACAGCUGAAGAGACACCACUCCACUCAGCCGUUUGACGAGGCCGGACGAAGGAUGGCCGGCCCCUCGGCCAUGAGCAGCACCAUCGGGACGCGUCUCUUCUCCGCCCUGGACGACGGGACGGGCUACACGCCCGUGGAGAACGUCUUGGAUGCCUGGAUGGAGGAGGGCAUCGAGAACAGCCCGGAGAUCCUACAGGCCUUGGACUUUGACCUGGAGGGAAAACUGAGCCUCCGUGAGCUUACUAUUGCACUAGAGAACGAACUCCUCAUCACCAAGAAUGGGAUUCACCAAGCGGCUCUCGCCAGCUUCAAAGCUGAGAUCAGGCAUCUUCUGGAGCGCGUGGACCGUGAGCUCAGGGAGAAGGAGAAGAUCCGUUCUGACCUGGAGAAAGCAGAGAAGCUCAAAACCCAGCUGGCCACUGAGGUGGACGAGCAUCACUCUGCCAUCGAGCGCAUGAAUGACCUAAAUAUCAGGAAGCUGGAGCAGGAGCACAGGGAGAGGCUGGCGGCGGUGCGGUCCGAGCUGCUCAGGGAGAUGGCUCAGGUGCAGCAGCAGGCGGGCCAGCAGCGCGAGGAGCUGGAGGUCCAGAUGGAGAAGAUCAGGGAGGACGAGACCUUCCUGAGGGACCACCUCUCCAUCACUGUCAAGGAGAACAGACGUCUGGAGAUGGAGCUACUGGACAACACUGAGAAACUGGUGGAGGCGGAAAACCAGGUCAGCAAACUUCAGAAGAACCUGGACAACAUUCUCAAGGAAAAGUUUGGAGACUUGGAUCCUGGCAGUGCUGAAUUCUUCCUGCAGGAGGAGCGACUCAAACAGUUACGCAGCGGUUAUGAGGAGCAGUGCAGGGAGCUACAAGAUCGCAUUGAUGAACUGCAGGCCCAACUCCAGGAGUUCCACAGCCUCGGCCGAGCCCCCCAGCUCUGCUCCAAGCCCUCCCUGCUGGACGAGUUUGAAAGCAAGAGCCCUGGCAUGGAGUCAGACCCAGGUAUUGGCUCGGAGGAGGGCCAGCCUUUCAACAUGAGUCUGGAGGCUGAGAUGAUGUUAGAGCAGCUAAAGGAGCAGCACCUUCAGGAAAUUGAAAAUCUACGCGCUCAGCUUGAAAGCAAGAUAAUUGAAUUCGAACAAAACGUGGAGGAGCAGAAGGCGGCCCACGAGGAACACAGAGAGGCCAUUUCUCUCCAGUACCAGGAGGAGAUCCAGGCCCUGAGGGAGGAGAUGUCCAGCAUCCAGAACCGAGCCCAAGAGCUCCAGAACCAGCUAGAGCAGGCCGAGCAGGAGCGGGCCAGCCUGGAGCUGAGGCAGGCUGGGGAGAGGGAGGAACUGGCCGACCAGCAGGAUGAGGAGGUCGGUACCCUCAGACAGGAGCUACUGCAGGCCCACACCCAUAUCGCAGACCUGGAGGAUCAGCUGAAGGCCUUGGAGGACCAGCAUGCUGAGACGGAGCUGGGAAUGGAGGCAGAGAAGGAAGAGCUGAGGAGGCUUAGUGCGCUGGAGGUCAAAAGGCUGGAAGAAGAGCAUGAGCAGCUGGUUGAGGCCAGGCUGGAGGAGGAGAGGAAGCGGAUGCAGGAGGAGAGAACCGAGGUCGAAAAGAAACUGUUAGAGGAGUGGAAAAGGGAGAAUGAGGUUUUACAGCAGAGCCAUGAAGAAACCAUGAGGGCCAGAGUAGAAGAGCUGAGCGUUAUGUUCCAAGCAGAGCGCGAGGAGCUGGAGAUGAGCCUGACCGAGGAGUGGGAGAGGAAGAGAGCCCAGCUGGACGAGCAGAGUAACGAGUCUCUGCAGGCGGUGCUGGAGGAGGAGAUGCUCCGACUGGUCCGAGAACACGAGGAGCGGGAGAGCAGGCUGAGAGCGCAGUGGGACUUGGAGAAAGCCCAGCUUCGGGGCGACCAGGAGGCAUCUCUCCUCGCCAGGCUAGCGGAAGAAAGGGAGAAGCUCCAGCAGCGGCACAAGCAGAGGGAGGAGAAGCUGGUUGAGGACUGGAAGCGGGAGAGGAUGCAGCUGGAGGAGGAUUACGAGGGGAUGAUCUUGGAAAGGGUGAACGAGGAGAAGGAGAAACUGGAGGCGGAGAAGGAGGAGCUGGAGAAGCGGCUGGUGAGGCUGAUGGAGGAGGAGAAGACCCGCCUGGAAGAGAGCCAGAGGGAGGCUGUGCAGGAACUGUGCACCAGGCACAAGGAUGAGAGGGAGCAGCUUAGUGGCCUACUGGACAAGCUCCGAGACGACAUCAGUGAAGAGAGGAGUGAGGCCAGCCGUCUGGCAGAGGAGAACCUUGUGCUCAGACACAAGAUUUCUGCAUUGAAGGAGGAGGACCUAAGGGAGAGCCAGGAAGAGAUGCUCUUGAAACUGGAGCACUUCAGGAAGGAAAAGACUGCAGCUCAGAAAUUGGCCGACAACUACAAGAGACAGAUCUCAGAGCUGCGCCUCAGAAGCCAACAGCUGGAGGAUGAAAACGGUUUCCUGGCUCAGAAGAACACGGAGAACGCCCGAGGCGUGGAAGAACUUGGUCAGCAGCUUGAAGCACUUCUCAGACAGAAGGAGAAGAAGGAGGCCGUCAAGGAGCAGCAGAACUUGUCUACUGAGGAGAGGACCAAGAUGGCAGUUUGUGUGUCUGCCCUGGAGGUAGAGUUGACCAAGGCUCUGGAAGGUUCUGCUCUGCUGGAGGAGGGCAAGGCCCAACUCUCCCAGCAACUUUCAUCCCUUAGAGAGAAGGUGGAGCCUUUGGAGAGUCAGCUGUCACAGCUGUUGCAAGAGCGCCAGUCAGCGGACAAGCAGACACAUACUCUGCGGUCUCAGCUGGCCAAGGCUCAGGAGCGGUUCCAGGCACUGGAUGAAACUCUUCAGGCUGUCAACCUCCAAAGUGCCCGCCUCAAGUCAGACCUCCGUGUCACCCAGCAGGAGAAGGAUGCCCUCAAACAGGAAGUGAUUUCACUGCAUAAACAGCUGCAGAACGCCAACGACAAAAACCAGGUUCUGGAGAUUGCGCUGCACUCCAGUGGGUUCCAGAGCCAGCACAAGAAGCUGUACCGGGACGAGCUGGCACGGCUGGUGGAGCAGGAGCAGGAGUUGGUGAGGAAGGAGAACGACAGGCUUCAGAUGGAGGUCCACAACACCAAGGGGGAUCUCCUGCUCUCCAGGGAAAAGAUCCGCCAGCUGGAUGCCCAGGUUCUGUCCCUGAAGCAGCAGAAGCAGCAGAGCCAGUCCAGCCUGGCCCGGGCCCUGGAGCAGGACAAGGUGUCCCUGAGGCGGGAGCUGGAGAGCCUGCAGAAGGAGCUGGUGGUGGCGAGGAGCAGGACCUGCGAGGAGGGUGCUGAGGUCCCCAGGGAGCUGGAGAUGCUUCGCCAGGAGAACGAGGGGCUGAAGACCCAGAUGUCCCGUCUACACUCCCAGCUCAUAGAGACACUGCAGGCCCAGCUUGGUGGACUGCUCCCGCCUUCCCCUCGCCGGUUGCCAGGGGAAAGGAGAGGGCCUCAUCGUGGCGAGGAUCCUAACCACCUGGAGAACAUGCCGGAUGAGAGGGAGAGCGUGAUGAUAAGGAUGGAGGAGCGCAUGAGGGAGAUCGAGCUGUCUCUGCACAACGUCAAGCUGCUGCUGAAGGAGAAGGUGUAUCAGCUGAAGGAACAGCUGCACAGGAAUGGCAAAUCUGACGUGUUAAUUAAGGACCUGUACGUGGAGAAUGCCAAGCUGCUGAAAGCUCUGGAGAUGACUGAACAGCACCAGAAAAUCACUGAGAAAAAAAACUACCUGCUGGAAGAGAAGAUCUCCAGCCUCAACAAGAUAGUCAGGGACUUGAAUCCAGCCUCGCUGACCCCAGUUCCCUUUCACUAUACCUGCUCCUAGCCUCCCCCUUCCUCCCCCUUCCUCCCCACUUCCCCAUGUUAUCCAUUGUUGUCAUGCUUCAGACUCACGGAUGAACAACUGCGAACCCACUGCCAGUCAAGUAUACAAGACUUUAUUUAUUUACGAAAAAGCAGGUAUGUAGUUUAGUUUAUGAAGGGAAGGACUGAAAAGGUGCCGGAAGCUUUAUACAAACAGGGUGACCUACUUUUAUAGUAUUGUUGUUAAAUGACCAAAUAUUGUCAGUACUUUUUUGGAUAACGUGUUGUUUUUAGCUAUUUAUGUCAAAAGUAAUUUUGUCCAUGUGAAUAGAUGGGUCAACUUUGAUUUGAGUCAUUUUUUGUUUACCAUAAACACACUAUUUAGGUUUACAAGGUUUUUUUUUUUUUAAGCUACUAUUAAUAUCUGGCAGGACUAGGGAAUGUGUUUAUUAAUGGACAUUUAUAAUUUAAACAACCCUUUGUUAACUUCUUUACAAUGCAGUGUUCGGAGGUCAUGUGAUCACCCAAGGUGGGGGUGUUGGGUAAUGUCUAAUGGGAUCUGACCCCCCACGUUUUAAUCUUUUUUUUUCCACAUAAACAUGAAGAUUAGGCUAAUGCAAACAAAAGAAGGAUCUUUAUUUGAAUGAUAUUAAAUUAUGUCCAACCGAAUGUGUGAAGUGCACUUUACUCCAAAGUGUCGGUUUGUUUUCUUCAAGACCUUGCUUGUUGUAUUAUCCGACAAUAAACGUUAUUGUAAUAUUUACAUUUAUUACCAUCGUCGGGUAAAAUGAGAUGUUUCUCGUCUGAAAUGUAGCCUAAAUGAAGGACAUCAGGGCUAGUAGGCUAAUACUACCUUUUUUUCAAUAGGUGUUUUUUGCACUGUAUAAAGAGACCAAAAUAAAAUAUUUUAAAGAG